AUGACCUUCUGCCGAAACAUUUCGCAAGAGGUUCAGAACGAUGGUAGAAAAGCAGUAUUAUGCAGUCACUUUGGGUUUGCAAAGGGUUCAUUCCUCUCUGUUUCUAUCCAAAAACUGGAAGGUGAUUUACAGCACAUAACCUUCACUUUGGACAAGGCUGGUGAUUCAGGAGUAACAUCCCUUAUUGAAUCCAAGUCGAAUACUUGUUUUUGGGAUAAGUCGUUUAAAUUUCUUUAUCUCUCGUUUGAUACAUCAUCCAAGUCACUAGUAGUACACAAUAACGAUACAAACUACAAAGGUGUAAUUUUUGAAGCUGAUGCCUUGGAGAUGGAAGAAGACGGUGAGCCUGUCAUUAGACCUACUGGUUUGAUCGACAAUAUCCACUAUGCUUUAACGUGCUUGCGUCUGAUCACUGAUGGAAGCCUGGUAGUGGCAAAGGCAAUAAAUGCCAUCAUAUUAUCUGAACCUGUAUUCUUGGAGAAAAUUAAACUUAUGAAACUAAACGAUUUAUUUCAAGAACAAUAUCUUAUAUACCGUCUUUUACGUGAGGUUGCAGACUACAAAUUAAAUAUUGAUAAUGACCUAUUACAAAUGUCUAAAUCUACAAAUCAUAUUGAACCGGGGAAUGAGACGGAAUUACGAAACAUUUUUCGAAUUAUUUUAUCUCAAAUAUCACCAAGUGGUUCACUACGAUGGAUUCCAUAUGACAUAAAAGAUAAUGUAUUCAGUACAAAUUUUACAGUUCGUUUCCUUAAUACAUCUGAAGAAGGCUUAUAUAGUCUUUAUUUUCACAAUUGUGCUGAAUUGAAUGUUGAAUCUGGUAAACGGCAUUCAGUUAAUCUUACAUUAAAAAUGGUUGAAAAGAAUGUGGAUAGCUAUCUAUCUGCUGGUCAACAUCCACUGCCUAUGCUUUAUGCCAUCUCUUCUUUGGCUUAUUUAUGCUUAAGUAUUUUCUGGUUGACUUAUCUUCGUCUAUCCAAAAAUUCAGUUUUCCGAAUUCAUUAUCUCAUGCUGGUCGUUGUUGUAAUUAAAUCGAUUUCACUUGGCUUUCACAGUAUAAAUUACUAUGUGAUUGGAAAGCAUGGAGCACAUGAAGAAAGUUGGGCAAUUAUGUAUUACAUUACUCAUAUUAUUCGAGGUGCACUUCUGUUUAUCACUAUACUACUUAUUGGUGCUGGUUGGGCUUUUAUCAAGCAUAUGUUGACACCACGUGAACGUAAUGUAUUCCUUAUUGUUAUACCUCUUCAAAUUUUGGCAAAUAUUGCCACUGUAAUUAUUGAAGAAUCUGAAGCUGGUGCAGCUCGUUAUGCUACAUGGAAAGAAAUUUUCAUUUUUGUUGAUUUAGCGUGUUGUGGUGCAAUUUUAUUCCCUGUAGUAUGGUCAAUUCGACAUUUGAAAACAGCUUCUCAAACUGAUGGUAAAGCAGCUAUAAAUCUACGCAAUUUACGAUUAUUCCGUCACUUUUAUAUUCUAGUUAUAUGUUACGUGUAUUUUACACGUGUUAUUGUCUAUCUAAUGACAAUUACAGUAGCCUAUUCAUAUUCUUGGCUUGUUGAAUUAUUCAAAGAAACUGUGACCAUUAUUUUCUUUAUCUCAGUUGGUUAUGAAUUUCGUCCAGUUAAUAAUAAUCCAUAUUUACUUAUUUCUGGUGAUGAUGAUGUUAAUGAAGAUGAAGAUACUGUAAUGGAACGUAUGCAUAUGGAAGAUGUAUGGUCACAGUCUGGUUUCACAGAUGGUGUAACACGUGUUCAAAGAUCACAAUACAAUAAUAAAUCAAGUAUUGCCAUGAAAACCUUUCCAAAAAUUAAAGAUAAUCAGUUAGUUCAACAAGAUAUAGAGAAUGCAUAG